GACUCUUCUUCCCCCCUCCUUUUUCCUUCACAAAUUUAUUUUUUAAGUCAAUUGACGCUUAGGAGAAAGAUUUGUUUUUUAAAGCUUUUUAAGGUCUUUCAACAACUUUCCUUCCUUUCUUCUUCUCCCCGGGGUGGGGUCGUUUCGGCGCCUGACGUGUUGGCGCGCGACUCAGAGCUGACCUAGACCAAAUCUAAGGCCUGCGCCAGAUCGGCCAGCGCCAAGACGUCCCCUACUCUUUUCCCCUUUUUUUACUUAAAGGCGCUUUCCCCUCAGAAUUUGCGCCAACAAAUCCCUCACACUUUCCCCUUUACUCAUUCCUUUUCUUCUUCACACUUGUCCAAAUUUUGCUUGUUUUUAUAAGAUUUUCUAAAUUUGUAUUUUUAAGUAAUUUAAUUGUUCUGCUACUUUUUUUUGGUUUUUUUAAUGGGCAAAGGUUGAAAAUUUGAAAAACUUUUAAAACCAGGCUUGUUUUUUCUAAAAUCGUACCUAUAUCCCUCACAACAGACAAUUCACCGAACUGAGGACAAUUCACUGAAAGGUAGACAAUUCACCGAAAUCUAAUCAACAGGAGGAUUUUCUUUUUAGCCCCUUCUCAUCCAUUGCCCAACCUACAUUGAAAAUUUUUUUAGGUGUCUCUUAUAGUGAGAUUUUCCUUUAUAAAAUUUUCCAUCUUUCCUUUUUCUAAAAAUAAUUAAAAAAAAUUUUUUUUUCAGAGCUUUAAACAGAAAAAUUUACUUUCGUCUACAUAUGGAAAUGACACUUGGCUUAAAUUUCUAAAAAAAUAUUUAUUGAUGCUGUUUUUCUUCGUUUUAUUGGUCAAUUUGUCAACUGGAGGAUUUUCUACAAGCAAUUUCUUCUCAAAUGAUGGCCAUCAACAACAACACAAUUCCUACAAUAACCACCAACAACAAAACAAUAUUCACUCAACUAAUACACCUUUCGGAAUUGUUAGAGGAGUCAAAGUUAGGCCUUCAGGGAUGCCUAAAGCUGACGUUUCGCUGUCUCCAGUUGUUCAAUAUUUGGGAAUUCCUUAUGGUUCUGCUCCUGUUGGAAAUCAUCGAUUUAAAAUGCCCAUAUCCGCCCCAAAAUGGAUUCAUCAACCAAAGGAUGCAUUCAAAUCGCCUCCUUCUUGUAUACAAUCUGGACUUCCUUUGCUUUCAGAAUCUGAGUUUGUUUUUUAA